AUGAUACAGUACCAGCAAGAGGAUGGUUCUAUUCUCGGGGACCCUAGUAACGUCGAGCUAACACAAGACAUCAUUGAGCUUGGGUGGGUUCCACCAGAGCCAAGGAGCCGGUGGGAUCUUCUACCCAUAGUUGCUAUGGCAGAAAGCGACGCACCUGCAUGGGCCGACGUUCCAGCUGAGCUCCGUGAUCUGGUCGACAUCCGCCACCCGAGGUUCGAAAAUUUCCAGAAGCUCGGUCUGAAGUGGUAUCAAUUUCCUGCCCUUAGUAGGCUUGGGUUUGAUAUUGGUGGCGUCCAGUAUACCGCAGCGCCGUUCAUUGGCUGGUAUAUGGACGCAGAGAUCGGUGUCCGUAAUCUCGCCGACUCAUUUCGAUACAAUACUCUACCUGACGUCGCGAAAGUCCUUGGGUUCGAUAUUGAAAAUUACAAGAAAAAUCCGGAAUACGCAGAGAUCGAGGCAAUGGAGGACCUACCAGACUAUGAACAGCUCGUGUGGAUGUCACGGGCACAAGCGGAGCUGAACUAUGCAGUUCGGUGGUCUUUCCUACAGAAAGGCGUUUCCUGCAUCGGGACCCUGGCUGCUUCCUCUGAUUGGACUCGGUUUGACGACGAACAUGCAUCGAAGUACGGAUACCGCCUCAAUUCUGACCCGUAUUGGAUAGCACCACCGCAGGGCUCCAUUGUGCCAGUGUGGCACCGUGGCGGUGCUCCAAAUUAUCAGCCAAAGCCCCUGAUAGCAAGGCAUCGACUUGAUCCCGUAAAGUCCUGGCGCCGCCGGCGCAGUGUUGUCAAGACUCCUGUAACCCGACUCGUGAAAGUCGGGGAAGACUGGGUGACCGAACACAUCACACCAGUACAAAACUCCUUGUGUAUCGAGAAUGGCACCAAGCACCUUACCAAUGGGGUACCAACUAUCCCCAAAAAGAAGGUGCAUAUUUAUUACAGCAGCACCGGUACAAGCGCCCUAAAGCUCACCGAAAAGCUACGAAGACGAGUUAAAGAGCUUCCAGGUGGUUUCCAAGUGGACUUCAACAUUCUGAAUCUGUUAGACCUGCGGAAGAUAAAGCCCUCGGACCCACUUCUAAUGGUAGUGUCGACGACUGGUGAUGGGCGCUUCCCUGCAAAUGGUGCUGAAUUUGAAGCAGCUAUGAAGGACAGAGUCAUGGAGUACAAUGGGGCAUUUGCAGUCAAGUACUCGAUAUUCGGUGUUGGAGACAGCGCCUACCCUACAUUCAAUGCGGCUUCCGUCAAACUCCACGAGUUCAUGAAAGCGGUGGGCGGAAUUCCGAUCGCGAAGGGGCUUACUAAAGGCAACACAGCAGUGGAAGCACUGCCCAUGAAAGCUUUUAACCGUUGGUGGAGCUUCGUCAAGGAUUCUUUAACUGGUGAAAGCGCCAAUGAAGUCGCAACUGAAUCAACAGAGGAUGAAUGUUUUGAACACCAUAGGAUGCUGGCCGGAUUUAACACAGGCCGGCUACUGAGUAAAUCCCCUUCUGAGACUGGAGAAGGAAGAAUAGUCAUGAUAACCAUGGACCUGGGUGACAUGGACUACAUUGAGAUGAGUCACCUGAGACUUUUGCCCUACAAUACGUCAGAGCAGGUUACCAGGACGCUUGCUGCUUUGGGAGUCAGCAGCGCCAGCCAAUGUGUACCGUUUAGAGACACUACUAUGCCGUCUCUGAGCUACGGCGAGUUUUUCCAACAUUAUGUUGACCUCGAAGGAAGGUUCAAAGACCUUGCAUGGCUGCCCGAAGCCUUUCCAGCUGGGGACAGAUGGGACACGAAUGGAACAGUCCUUGAAGUCUUAGAGCGCCUUCCAGGCCUACAGCAAAUUACAGAUGAUCUUCGCAUGAAGGUCUGUCUUGAUAUGCCGCUGCUUCGUCCACGCUCAUUUUCCGUUGCCUCCUCUGCUAAGUAUGUCGGGAAAGGCCUGGUAGAAAUCAUGGUGAGGCUCCACAAGGGAGGGCGCUUCAGCGACAAAUUCCUGUCAGCAAUCGCGCCGGGCGAUUCUAUCAAAUACGCUCCUGUCACUAUUGUCCCGGGACAAGACCUUAUUUCUUCCCAGAAACACCUCAUCGCAAUCUGCACUGGGACCGGAUUUGCUCCGGUUCGGAGUUUACUACAGCAAAAGAUACAGGUUCUUAUGGAGGCAGAAUCCCAAGGCAUGGAUUUCGUGUUUCAAUCACCCCCUAUUAGCAUUUUCGUCGGCUUCAAGGCUCAUGAUGAAGCAUUGUUUGAGGAGACACUUGCUGUUGCCGAGCGGUAUGGUUUGAUUGAUAUGCUCUUCCGGGUACCCAGCAACAAGCAGAAGAGAAGGGUUCAACAUUACGUUGAGGACAACAAAGAGAGCGUCCUGGCUAAGAUUAGGGAUGGAUCGAUCUAUGUUUGCGGGGCAAAAGCAAUGGUUAAUGAUAUGGCAGCGAAGUUGAGUGACAUGAUCGGUGGAGAUGCGUCAUGCCUCUCAGUCAAAUGGCUCUUUAUGUUGUGGGCAAGUCAAAAUAUAUAA